AUCAGCUCUAACUUGAAUGUCUUUUUGUUUUUGGCAAUGGAUAUCUCAUCUCAUCAACAUCUGGAUCCAAAGUUUUUCUGUUAUCCAGAAUCAAAUGCCUCCUGCACCAGAGAAAUUUUCAGUGAAGGAGUUCAAAUUGCUUUAUAUAUUUUUUUUGUUUCAGGUAUGCUGGUCACUAUUCUAGGGAACGGUGUGGUCAUUAUCUCCAUUGCUCACAUAAAACAGCUCCACACGCCAACUAACAUGCUUAUAAUGUCUUUGGCAUUUGCAGACCUGCUGCUUGGAGUAACUGUGAUGCCUUUUAGUACAAUGAGGGCUGUGGAGGGCUGCUGGUACUUUGGAGAUGCUUUUUGUUUGCUGCAUUCUAGUUUUGAUAUGUUCCUCACAUCUGUUUCAAUUUUCCACCUGGUAUUCAUAGCCAUAGAUCGAUAUGAGGCUGUGUGCAGUCCACUUCGCUAUUCCACCAAGAUUACUAUACCAAUUGCAUGGCUCAUGGUUUUUGCCAGUUGGGCCGUUGCUGCAUUGUACUCCUAUGGCCUACUAUAUUCCAAAGCAAAUGUUAGAGGACUGGAUGAAUUCAUUGCAUCCAUAUACUGCCUGGGAAGUUGUAAUCUUUUCCUUAAUGCUUUGUGGGGCGCCCUAGACACAUUGAUAGCCUUUUUCUUUCCGUGCUCUGUAAUGGUGGGUUUGUAUACCAAAAUAUUUUUGGUGGCAAAAGAACAUCUAAGGAAGAUUGAAGACAGCCAAAAGAAUUCAAAUGAGGGAGGUAGAGGUGUGGUGUCUCAACGGUCAGAGCGGAAAGCAGCUAAAACUUUAGGCAUUGUGGUGGGUGUUUUCAUCUUUUGCUGGCUGCCUUUCUUUGUUAAUUCCAUAGUUGAUCCAUACACAAACUUUAGCACACCACCUAUUCUCUUUGAAGUGUUUAUCUGGCUGGGUUACUUUAAUUCUACUGCAAAUCCAAUCAUCUAUGCACUGUUUUAUCCAUGGUUUCGAAAAUGUCUUAAUCUCAUUGUCACAUUGAAAAUAUUCAAUAGAAAUUCUUCUUAUAUAAAUGUAUUUGCUACUACAUGAUCUAUUGUAAAGCUACAUUAAUAUAUUCCAAAACUGUGUGUGAACAGUAUGCACUUAACUUUUAAAACCUAAACAAUGACGUGGCCACAUUGGAUAAUGUGUUCAAGGAGGCAAAUGAAGAGAAGCAUUUGACAAAACCUCUUCUGCACAUUCUACUGCUGUCAAUACUUGCCAGGUCUUUUUGUGAAACUGUGUUUUACUUAUAAAUCCUUUCGAUCUCUUUUAUUUACAUUUUAUUGUAUUUUCAAUGUAGCAUAGUCUACCUUACAAUACAUUUUCAUAAAGAACACAAAAUGUAUCUUUGGAUUUUCUUUUAACUCAAUCAUCUUUGAAUAUAAUGGCUGGUGUUGAACUAAACUGCAGGUACACGGGUUUGAGCCUGUUUGAAAUGUCAUAUUUUUGUAAAGCAGAGCAUAGAGUGGAUCAUGUGACUGAAAAGCAUGACACGCAGAUCAGGAAGCAGAGUGCAAUAUUUGGGGAAUUGGAAAUGUUCCUAUAAAUAUGUUGCCUGUGAGGUUAUUUUGUUUCAGAAGUAUUGAGUACUGUGUCUUCAGUGAUCUCAUUCUACAUCCCAGGAGUAGGGAUGAUUAGCAUCUACCUAAAAAAUGUCCUUGAAGCACAGAGAAAGGCACAUUCAAUUCAUGGUACAACCAAUCAGAACUCUGUAGGCAAAUCACAGAGAAAGGCCACCAAAACACUUGGUAUCAUUAUGAGGGUAUUUCUAUCAUUCUGGACAGCCUUUUAUCUCCAACAGUCUCCAACUGCAUUGAUCCCUUUAUUAGUUACUUUACCCCACCAGUUUUGUCUGUAACAUUUAUAUGGAUUGGAUAUUUGAAUUGAACUAUGAAUCCCAUGGUGUAUGCAUUAUUUUACAGGUGGUUCAGGAAGGGGUUGAGAACGAUCAUUUCUGGAAAUAUAUUUCAAACCUGAUGUUCAAUAUUACAAUUGUUCAAAUAAAUAUGUCCAUAACCGGUUCACCAAACCAAAUAAGUGUGACAAAUAUUUUCCUUGAUGUUAGUCCUUUUUUAAACCAUCAGCCACAGGGUUAUAGGAUUCAAAAGCAAUUUAAUAACAUUUUAUUUGAAC